GAAGUGCACAUUCGCUGAAGAUCUUCUCUCCCAUAAAUCCAAGAUAUCUGUACUCAAUGAAAUGGCCCAGAAGCUUCAGUUUUCGCUUAAUCAACCGACAUACACAGAACAAGGUCCAGAUCAUCAGAAAACCUUCAUUUGCCAUUUGAGGUUGGGAAGGGCGUUGUACGUGAAGAGAGCAAGAUGCAAGAAAACUGCCCACAGUGAUGCUGCUGAGCAAGCUUGUAACGCACUCGUUCGUGAAAUGGAGCAUUCAGAGUCCUGCAGUAAACGUCAAAAUGUGCAGACGAGACUAGCUGACACCACAUACACUAUGACGUCACGACAAAACAUUAUGACAUCACGACAAAACAUUGUGACGUCACGACAAAACACCGAUCAAUCAGAUUCAGGAGAAUCUCCUCCAGCUAAGCGAGCUCGAACGUCAUCAUUCCAAGCAUCCGCAUCAGUGGCGGCUCAAACUCGUGUUCCACAGCAAGUAAUCGAGUCUGUUAACUCGUUGGAAAGGAAUGCCAUUUCUGCAAUCAACGAGUUUGCACAGAAGAAUCGUUUGUUGCACAGAGACAGUUACAUAGAGGAAGGACCUGAUCAUAUGAAGAAAUUUCAUUGUAAUCUGGAAGUUGGAAGUCAAAUCUUUUCAGGAACAGCAAGCACGAAGAAAGAUGCCCGUGUACAUGCUUCAGAACAAGCGUGUCAGAUGCUGCUUCAACGAUCUGCAGUCGACACAGGCUUUAGUGUAUCAACAGGUUUGACCUCCGAGUCUCUUGACUUAUCACACGGUGACCGGAUGGCUGCACUCAGUAAUGAAAAGUUCAACGAGCUGCAACGCCUACCAUUUGAGUGUUCACCUGGCAGGAAGGUCAUCGCAGCAUUCAUCAUGAAAUCUCCCGAUUCUCCACCCAGAGUCGUAUCUCUCGGUUCCGGGACUAAAUGUGUGAGUGGAGACGCUCUGAGUCUAAUGGGAAAGACCGUCAACGAUUGCCAUGCAGAGAUCAUUGCACGUCGUGGUUUAAAACAGUUUCUAUUUCAAAAUCUUGAUCGAUAUUUCAAAACCAGAAAGAGUGACGUGUUUACCAAAGAGAGACACUCGAAUGUCAUCAACAUGAAGUCGGGAGUCGAAUUCCAUCUUUACAUUAGUGUGGCACCAUGUGGCGAUGGAACGAUUUUUUGUCACUCUGAAUGUGAUGCAACGAAUUCGGAUGAUUCUCACACUCAUUUAUAUCAACCACAUCGUCCACAGUUUGACAACAGUGUGUAUGGCCAGUUGAGGACGAAGAUUGAGGAUGGGGAAGGGACCAUACCGAUUCGGUCGUGCACAAAGCCGCCGACUUGGGAUGGAAUACAGAAAGGUGAACGACUGCGAACGAUGUCGUGUAGCGAUAAGAUUGCUCGCUGGAAUUAUCUUGGAUUACAAGGAGCUUUGCUCUCAAACUUUAUCAAGCCGGUCUACUUGGCGUCUCUCACUGUUGGCAGUUUGUAUAAACACGGGCAUCUAUCUCGUGCUGUGUGCUGCAGGCUGGACGGUUUGCCUGCUGGUUUGAGUAUCUACCACGUCAACCAUCCACAACUCACGACUCUUAGCCAAUCAGGCAGGCGCACACGUUCAACACAAAAGGCAUCAGCGUCCAGUAUGAAUUGGUACGAGGGAGUGGAAACGGUAGAGUCUCUAGAUGCAACGAGGGGCACGAGACCAAACGGCUUGGUCUCUCGUCUCUCCAAAUCGGCGAUGUUUGCAUGGUAUGCACAAGUGUGCAGCCAUGCUGAUGGUAUGGAAAUAGCCAAAACGUAUAGUGAUGCUAAACUGAAGGCUCGUGCGUAUCAAAAGGCAAAGCAUGUAUUGUAUAGUCAUCUGGAAAGUAAAGGAUACGGCAAGUGGAUAGAAAAACCGGAAGAACAGGAACAGUUUGAAUUGUUCUCAAAGGUUACCCUACGGAACUGUGUGCCUAGUCGUUCAAGCGCAGUCAUUGCGAGCAUGUCAAAGAGAUCAGGAGGCGGUGGCCGGAGCGUGCAAGUAAGCGGCUACACACGAUCAAAUGGCACCUACGUUCAAGGUUAUACACGUUCUGCGGCGAGCUCCAGUGGAAGCAGAGCGUCUUCUGCAAGUUCAAGUCAAUCUAGCUUUGGUGGGGUUCACGUGAGCGGUUACACACGAUCAGAUGGCACGCAUGUUGGAAGCUACACACGUUCUGCAGCAAGUGCUAGUGUAAGCAGAGCGUCUUCUUCAGGGUCACGUCAGUCUGUCUCUGGUGUGGUCCAAGUGAGCGGUUACACUCGGUCAGACGGUACCAACGUGGAGGGAUACACACGAUCUUUACCGAGCUCCACCGCUUCGUCCACUGCCGGCAACUCUGGUACUGUUCAUGUAAGCGGUUACACUCGCUCAGAUGGAACAUACGUGCAACCCUACACAAGGUCUUCUCCUGCUAGUGGAUCUGCCACCAGCAGAGAGGCGUUGGAUCUUGUCCAAGUGAAAGAGUACACCAGAAGUGAUGGCGUAAUAGUGAAAGAACACACAAGACAGAAACCACAGACCCCACAAAAGGACAGCAGUGCAUCUUCUAAAAGUAUUGGUGAUGCAGCAGGAAGCAGUGCAACUUCACAGCCAUCAAAAGAACGAACAUACGUUGACAAUCCUAUGAACAGAAGGCUGGGAAGAGUUGGUAAAGUGAUACCUAAACGAAACAUUGUACGUCGAGAUAUUAGGGACAACAACACGAUCCAGGAUGUUAUCGACAUCUUGAAAAACAUGGCAAUUGAUAAUGAAAGGCGAUGUGACUACCAGUCAGCUCUGUAUGACCUCCAAAGAAGUGAAUUGGAAAAUCAAUUGAAAUCAUCUGGUAAAGAACCAGUCACUGAACAUGAAAAGCUGAGAGAAUUUACUGCCAGCUCUGGGAUGAAGCUAGCUAUUAUUCCCUUUAAAGAACUGGAACUUCAAGGUGAAGCUAUUGGGAAAGGAUCAUAUGGAGAAGUAUAUGCAGCGACUUUUAAAGGAACUGUUGUCGCUUUCAAGCAGCUCUUGUAUCAACACAUGUCGACAAAGCGGCGUGACAAAUUUGUAAAUGAGAUCUCAAUUCUUUCAAGUCUAGAUCAUUCCAAUACUGUCAAACUGUUUGGAGCAGUCGUUGACCAGGAUCACCUUGGCAUUGUCAUGGAGUACCUUCCUCGUAGUUUGUUUCAUGCCAUCUUUAUUGAUCUCACAGAGUUUGAAGAAGCAGCAAAGAAAAAGCAAGUGUUACAAGUAGCCGAUGCUCUGGUGUAUCUCCACACUAAUCAGAUAGUACACUGUGAUGUGAAGAGUGAGAACGUCCUUUUGGAUAAGAACGACAAUGCCAAAUUGGGUGAUUUUGGUCUCAGUGCUGUGAAGUCUGCAACACAGUCAUCUCAAUCCGGUCUGCCAGAUCAUCGCGGUCAAGGUACUCCACGAUAUUCUGCACCUGAAGUUCUGCGAGGAGAACUCCUUAAUUUUGAAAAGUUGCGUCUCACUGAUGUCUACUCGCUUGGUAUUGUUGCAUUUGAAGUGUUGGCCGAGGAAGAGCCUUUUGAAGGUCUGAGUGUGAAGCAGUUGGAAAAAAAUGUUGGUCAAGGUACAGUACGUCCUAGCAUUCCUUCUUGUGUGUCACAAGCUAUUCAACACUUGCUGCAAAGUUGUUGGAGUGCCGUGGCUAAUGAUCGACCUUCUAGCGAAGAAUUCAGAAAUGUUUGGGAAUCUUCAGACUUGUACCGUACGUCGAGUGAAACACAUGGAUGUCUUGAGUUUUGUGUUAGCAAGUAAAAGUAACUGUUGACUGAAUCUGCUGUCUUUAGACGGAGACAUUUCUGUAAUAUUAUAUGCUUUGUGUUUUAGCUGAAAUCUGUAUUUUAACAUUGCGCAUAGCAUCAAUUUGACUGUAACAUCAAAUUGCAAUGCACAUUUGUAUGACUGUUAUCUUGGAGUUAGAAUUAAAGAGCCGCUUGGAUUUGAUUUACUAUUGUGAGUUUGCAAACAUUUUCGUAUUUAGAAAGCUCAUAUUCAUACAUUGGAAGCAGCU